CGUCGCCUGAUGCUGGGAAAAUGAAAACAUCGGAAACGAAACUGGCAAUCAAUUCACUUCCAUCCGUCGCGCUUUCAACAUCGCGAAAUUUGUAGUGUUGCUACUCGCGGGUUAAACUAGAGUGUUGGAUGUGCUUUGUGGUGCAUUCGCGGUAUAAUAAUGUGUGGGCAUUGAUUUUUCGGUGUGCCACUGUCUGCUGUGAGUGGAUAUGUAUAUUGUGUGCGAUUCUUGACGAAUCGAGUGGCGAAAAGUGAUGAUAAUAGCGUUGGAGUAUUUGCGAUUGCCAUAAGAAACGGGUCGUAUUUUCCAGGUACUUGAGAUACUGAAUUCCGUCUGACGGUAUGUGAUCGGGAGUGCUGAAUGGGAUCUAUAUAGCAAAGUGCAGUUUUGUAAAGGAGAAAUGCAAAUGGUUACCUAUAUGUAGUAGAAAGUGGAUGCUUCGAGCUGGCAACCACCAGCAUGCACGGGUGGCUAAUUAAUCUAAUUUUAUGCUGUCAUAGUGCGUGAAGACGAAUAUUUAGUGUUCCUAGAAUCCGAAAAGGGUGUGUUCUAGUAGGUUAUUGGUGUUGAAAUACCAUCUGUUCUUCGCAUCAUCGUUACCUAUAGUGACAAGUGACAAGUGCGUGGCCAAGAAGAGCAAUAAACCUAUAUAGCAACAAAUCCGACCACAAUUAGAGUUGUAGUGAAUGAGAAAAGUGCACUUGUUUUGAUCUCGUAAGUUUAUGGAGGAGAAAGUGGCUGUCGAGAGAAAACGGGAAACAAUGUCACGGCGCAUAAAUCUGAUCGGAGUGUGUGCCAUCAGCGGGUUGUGCAUCUUGCUGCUGUUCGCGAGCCACCGGUUUACGUCCAAUAGCUACACGACGGAGUACUUUAAACCACGGGAACGCAACGCCAACCUGCGGCUGCUAAAUGCACAUAAAUUCUACGGCGCGAAAUCAUUCAGCGGGAGUUCAUCGUACGACACGUUCCCGCCAAUUCCAACGCCACAGAAUUCCACCGUCACCAUCGAGGACAUCCUCAACUAUCAGCGUUCCCGGAUAGCGGACGAAAUGUCCGAGUUUGAGUAUCCGAAUGGCCUGUACAAUAAUGAUGCUUCCAAGCUGUCGGAGCUCACGCCGGAAACCGAUGGCCAACCGGUGCGGAGUAUAAUCAUUACCACGUGGCGUUCGGGGUCCACGUUUCUGGGAGAUAUUCUGAACGCAUUGCCCGGUAACUACUAUCACUACGAGCCGCUGUUGGAUUUCGAUAUCGUUCAGAUUCGGGGACCGCCGAACGAUCGCAUUGCGAUCCACAACUUAAAACACCUACUUAAGUGCGAUUACAACGAGAUGGAAAGUUAUCUGGACUUUGGCAGGUCGCACAACUACCUGUUCAGUCAUAACACGCGGCUGUGGCGGCACUGUCGACUGUUUCCGCACUUUUGCUACGAACCAAAGUUCCUGGGACCGUUCUGCAAGCUGUUUCCGAUGCAGAGCAUGAAAGUGGUACGCCUGAGAGCAUCGCUGGUCCAACCCCUGCUGGAGGACGAGAGCCUAAAUGUGCGCGUCAUCUUGCUGAUUCGGGAUCCUCGGGGGUCUCUGCAAUCCCGCAAGCACAGGGUGUGGUGUCCCGGUCGGCCCGACUGUGAUCACCCGCCAACCGUGUGUAACGAUAUGCAGCUGGAUUACGAAGCGGCCAUCGAGCUGACGAAACUGUUUCCCACGAGGUUCAGAGCAAUCCGAUACGAGGAUCUGUCCCUGAACCCGUACAAAAUGACCAAAGAAAUCCUCAAAUUCUACGGCCUUCCAUUUGAUCCGGCCGUCGAAUCGUUCCUGGACACGCACACCAAGCUGGACAUCGGCGGAGUGAGUUCCACGUUCCGAGACUCCAAAUCGGCACCGUUUCACUGGACGAAGGAUCUCACCUUCGAAGAGGUGAAAGUGAUCCAAGACAGUUGUGUCACCGCGAUGAAAUCGUGGGGCUACCGGAACGCAACCGGUGAGACGGAUCUGCUAAACUUCAACCCGCUGCUACCGUACAGCGUAUCGUGAAACAUCACCAACGAGGACGACUGGAGUUGACCGGUACCGGUAACAGAAGCUGUACGUUAGGACAAACAAAAAACAAAACGUCUUAUCAUCGUUCUAAACUAUUGGGUCUAGUGAAAUGGGUAAUGUACUUGAUGUCCGUUUAAAACGGAGGAGACGGCGGCAGCGCAGCAGCUGUGCUCCGAUACGGAAGUUUGAGCAUAUUUUUUUUAGUGUUAUAAAGAACAUGAGCAUCUGUGAUGAAACUAGGUAAACAAAAGUUGAUAUCGAUUAAUUUAAAUGUUAACUAACACUUGAUGAUAAACUACUAAUAACAUUAGUAUUUAAUGUGCGUGUGUUUACUUUAGGCAGUCCACUAUAGUUUAUCGAUUUUUUUCAGAACAAAUUGCCAUCUUUUAAUGUGUAAAUUAUGAAGCUACGAAAUUAAGGUAUUUGUUUUCCGGGCAAUUUUGUAUGAAAACUGAUGGGACUACAGGAAAAAUGGACUACAUAUUGGACUAAAUGAUAUUUUGAAGCUGUUAAAAUACUGCUAUUCUCAUCAAACAAAUGAGUUGAAUCGGGAAGACUCAAAGCUUGCGCAGAAGAAUUCAGAACAUUAUUGUGUAGGCAAUGCAUUUGAUUCACAUUCGUUUAUAAAGGCAUAGUUGAGAUUGUGUUGUAUGUUCGUCUGACUAGUAAAUUCGAUGAAGCUUUAUAAAUUCAUUUAUGCGUUCAAGUAUAAAUUAACAGGUUGGGUUAUUUGUAGAAUCGAUUGAUUUGCCUCACUUCAGUUUGUUCGAUACAAAUGCACUACGUUAGGAAUUUUGUAUAUCUCCGUAAGCGCUAAAGUUAUAACAUGAUCACAAUCGCAGAUCAUAUAUCAAACGUUAAGUGCGCUUUAGCUGCUUCUAAAUAGUCUGUGGGAGAGCCGAAUUAGAUCCGAUCAUAAUCUGCAUAAUGUGCGGUGUCGUUCGUUCUUCAGCAGCUCGGGACUAUGAUUUUAAUAGAAGGAUUAUUCAAACUUGGCAUGAACAUGUUUCCCGCCAUCAGCGUUGCCAGAUUGCUUUCAAAUUUAUCGGUAUCAAAUGUUUUUAAAAAUCGGUAUUUAUCGGUAUAUGCUUUUAUAAUUAAUUUUAUAUUUCUUUUCGAUUUUGAUGGCAAAAAUUCAAACUCUUGGACUAUGAAAGUAACGAGCCAGAAGGGCUACGUUCAAAAACCUCUAACCCCUGGUCAAGCCACGGAGGUCGUCGG